GGACUCCUCACCAAUCGAGACAAGGAGCAGUACGAAAAGGUAAGGGCUGCUAGAGGCAGAAGAAUCCUGGUGUAUCCCCAUCUGAGUGACUGAGAUCUUCUUCGUUGUUGUAAUACUCUGUAGAAACUCAAGGUCCUUCAGGACUCGCUGAACGAGAAGCGCUCCACAUCGAGCUCCUCGGCUACCUUCUCCUUCCGCAGACCACCCAAGUCUGCCACGCCAAAACCCCCUCGCAGCAGCCUACCGCCCAGCACCGCUUCCCAUAUGACUUCUUCUUCUUCUCAAAGUGUACCAGAGGUGCCAUCUGCCGAUGUUCAGGUGACUCUGCAAUCGCAGCGUCUUCUCACCUUCCAGGACCUCUCGCGAGCUGCAUCUACAAGCGAAAACGCAGAUGGCCUCUCUUUGUCCCUUUCGCAUCUGUCCCAGUGCAUCAUCGACUUCAGAGAGGCUCCGAAGGCUGUGUUGGCUCUCCAUGCAACGAAUCUGAAGGGCUGUGCCCUUCUGCUACCUGAGAUCAAGGGCAGCAUCUUGCUGAGUGGCCUUGAGGGAUCUGUGGUGUCGAUUCAGGGCUGUGGACAGUUCCGGAUCUACGGCUCGAAGCGAACGACCAUCUUCGUCAAUGCCUCGUCAGCCGUGACACUGGAAGCCUGCUCCUCCCUUGUCAUCACCUCGCUAGGACGGGGCGAGCUGGGCGCAAGUGGAAAUGAUCCGGCCACCUCUAGCUCAGCGGGCGUCGAGGUGCAAGACUUCGAUGCUCCGGGCGCAGGCGCUGUGACGACGGGCAGCAGUAGCUGGAAGCGACCAAGUGACUCCGAUCGCGCAGCGGUCCUUGCUCGUCUGAAGAGACUCAUCGAGAAGGCUCGGGCCGACGGCAGCAGUGAGACAUGGCUCUCAGAUCUAGCUGGAGUUCAAGGACCUCCGGAAAUUUACAGGGAGGAAGACGCCGGCAUUCUCCUCGUCUACUCGGACCCAGGCAAGGAUUCUACUCUGGAAGAGUUCCAGGACUGGUACGACAACGAGCACGUCCCUCUGAGGACUCUCGACUUCCAAGAGUUCCGCUCUGCCGGAAGGUACGAAGUAUACCAGUCGUCUCACGCCUCGAGUGAUUCUCCCGUUUUCAAGGCGGGCUGGUCAGCGGUUUACACCAUUUCGGACAACACCAUGUACCCGAACCCAGCCUACUCCGGUCUGCGCUCCAAUCGCAGUCCCCGCGAAGCAGCGCUCGUUGUCCGCUUGGGAGUCCUGGAUAGGAGAAUCUUGAUCCUCAAGGCGGACAGUGCUUCCGAGCAGCCAAAGGGCGACAUCAGACCUCGUACAAAGGUCGAAGUGGAGAAGGAGAGUCUCUCGAUUUCUCAUUUGGGAUUCAAUGCUGACAAGCCCGAGGCGGAGAUCCUCAAGUGGUUCAAGGACACAGUCCUUCCGGCUCUACAGAAGGUGGAAGCAGUGACGCGGGUGAGGCUCCUUUGGCUGGCCGAUGUGGUGGUCAAUGGAAAGGUCGCACCCAAAGACAAUGGCGGUGCCAAGGAGAUCGGCUCGUGGUCGAUUGUGACGGAGUUCUCCUCUGCUGAAGUCCCCUCGGAUGCGACGAUGCAAGAGGCUCUGAAGGCGACGCAGCUGAGCGUGGUAGCCAAGGAUCUAGAGGAGAGGCGUAUGAAGCUGUACAAGGCUUGGGACGCGACGAAGGCUCUCCAGGAAGCCGCGUGAAGCGGGGUAACCGUUCCAACAAUCGCUCAAACACAUCCAUAGGGAAGAGAGAAAUGUCAAUUCGAUAGAAAUUCAAGGAGAAAGAGGAGAAGGUGACAUUGCAAAGCAGAUGUGGUCAUUUCUUGCAAAUAAGAUGAAGCUCAUGAUGCAUCCCUACUGACUGCAGCACUGAAUAGGCAUAGUUGAAGUGAGCAUCUGUUCGUCGAGAUCGCUGUUUCCGCAAAGAAAUCUCCUGUUGCCCUGCAAAGAGGCAUGUGCCCGGAUACCGUGAACGAUGAUUUCUUGUGAUUUCCACCGGAUUUCCCCCUUCCUUUUGUCCUGCCUGCAACUGUCGUUGCGGCAUCAUGCCCUAUCUUUCCCAUCAAAGCUUUAUCCAGCUUCCCCUU